AUGGAAACUCUCGAGGAACUGCAAACCCGACAUCGCAAAGAACUAAAAGAUUUGCAGGCGCGUGUAACUCAGAAGAAAAAGAAUGCGACGAAGAAGACCCGCAAGGGCGUCAAUAGCGAAUGCGAAGACCUCGAAAAACAAUUGAAGGAAAGGCAAGAACAAGAGCGCGCUACUCUCCAAGGUGAUGCAGUAGACGAAUCGCGCGAACACGAUGCAAUUGACGAGCCCACCGAUGAUAAAAUAAUAAGUCAGACCCCAGACGAGGUUGACAUAGCCACGGAAGCUCUCGAAAAUACCAAAAUAUCAGAAGGCGCAACGAACGGGCAACCGAAAAAACGAAAUAGAGCGAAAGAGCGGCUGGCAAAGCGGGCAGCAGAACAGGAGGCCGCAGUAGAAGAGGCGAAGAAAGAAGCCGCGAACCAAUCCGAUCCGAAGGCCAUCGAAAGAGCUAUAAUGUUGAAGGAAUUCGAGACGAAUGGACUUGUGGAAAAGACAAUACGACCAGAUGGGCAUUGUCUCUUUUCAGCAGUUGCCGACCAGCUUUCACAACGUGGCAUACCACUUGGCGCAGAAUCAGAUGAAGAGCUGAAAGAGGACCAGCGUUAUAAGACUGUGCGAAAGGCCGCCGCGGGAUACAUCGAGGGACAUCCAGAUGAUUUUGUUGCGUGGCUCGAUGAGCCUCUUGGACAGUAUGUCGAAAAAAUACGGGAUACCGCUGAAUGGGGAGGUCAUCUUGAAUUGCUCGCCCUGGCUAAAACUUAUAAUGUGGAAAUCUGUGUUUUACAAAAUGGUGGUGCUCAAACUAUAGAGCCUGGAACAGAGGGAAAAUCAGAACCAGAAAAGAUCUGGCUGGCGUACUAUCGCCAUGGGUUUGGUCUUGGAGAGCACUACAAUUCACUUCGCACAAAACCAUGA